UGUGUGUGUGUGUGUGUAGGAAGCAGCAGGAGACUGACCCCAGCACUGCCCUCUCAGACGACCGAGGCUCUCGACUCUCUGAACUGGUAGAGGAGUCCACUUCAUCUGCUGAUAAGACGCGGUCCUGGCUGAGGGACAACAUCACCACGGCGUUAGAGCAGGAGAAGCUCGCCGAAGAUCCCAACUGCCCAAAGAUCGAGGAGCUUCUCGAGCAAGUGGAGAUGUUGUGGGAACUGCUGAGGAGUCGGGAGGGGAGACCUGGAACCUCCUCGGACAAAAAGGAGGAGGAAGAGGAGGAGGUGCUGGAUGAGGUCGAUGUGCUGGGGGAAGAAGAGGAGUCAGACCUGGAGGUGAAGGAAUGUAGCAGGGGUUCUGCACAGGCCAAAGUUCCCCCCGAGAAUGUGGGGGAGUGCGAUUCCGGAAUGCUAACAAAGUUCCUGGAACACCUGGAACAAAAGGACAGCCAUGGAAUGUGGCAGGUGGUGCACGGGCCGAGCGGCCAGCAGCAGCCCGGCUGCCUGAGUGUGGCGGCGGGGAGAGGGGACACGCUGGAGGUGCGGGUGGACCUGAACAAAACAGGAAGCGCCAGGAAGCCGUCCCCGGCACACGAUCAAGCCACAGAGCAGCUCAUGAACCUGCUCUCCACCCUGACGCUGCGCAUCAACGAGCACCUGUCGCGCUGUGCCGAGCUCAGCAUGGACAUCCUGGAUCUGGAGUCCAACAUGGCCGCCCUCGGCGACCCCGACCUCACUGGCCUGGAGGGCCUGCAGGAGCAGCAGGACGACCUUGAGGUUGAUUUCCAUAUUAUGGAAGGGGAGGUGGAGGACAUGGAGAAACUAGCCGCUCACAUCAAAACGUUUCCCCCUGAGCGGUCAGUGCUCCUCGGGGAGGAGGUCCAGGCGACCCUGCAGGCUUGGGAGGAGGUAGGCCGCAGCCUAGCGGAAAACCGGGGACGGCUCAGCAAGUUCAGACACCUGAGGGAGUUCUUCGAGAAGUACCUGGCCAUGAUUGCGUGGGCCGAGGCCACUCGGUCUUGCCUGUUCUCCAGUGGCUCUGGUGCGGCGCAGGCUGAGGAGGGCGAGGAUGAGGAUGAGGAGGGGGGUGAGGAAGGGUCGGUGAUGUCGGAGCUGGACCUCAGGAUCCAGCAGAAGAUGGAGGAGUUUACUCAGCUCACUUCGACUGGACAAACACUGAUGGAUGAUGGCCAUCACCUGGCUAAAAUUAUCAGGGAAAGAACCGACGAGCUGCAAAGCAUGCUGGGAUGGAUCAGAGACAACUGGAGGUCUCAGAAGGACCAAGUGACUCAGAGGCAGAGGGCACCAGGUCGUGCGGAAGGUUCUGGCACCGCUCACCAGACACCCAAGAGUAAGACAACGAGCCCGAGGCUGUCAGACUCACAGAGAGUGGUGGAGAGUCUUCCUCAAGCUCAGCCAACCGGUGACAAAGAAUCAACCAGCCUAUCGCCGAGUCCCGAGCGCCAGCAUACAGGAAGUGUGUCCAGCAGUCUCAGUGUCACAAGUGCGCCGAGAGUUGCCACGGUGCCCGUUCACCCCGGCUCGGCCAGCGUCACCAGCGUCUCGAGCGUUGUCGUCGACGACCCCACGGGCAAGGUGACGAGGCCCCUGGGUAACAGCAUCUGCCUCAUCCUGAGCUUCGACGAAGAGGAGCGAGGGAUCAGCCAGGUGCAGACACCCCCAGAGCUGACCGCAGCGGCUGAGGAGCCUUCCGAGUCCACACACAGAGUUAGCACUUUCCUACAUGUCAGCGACAGCAACAGCAAGUCCCCGGAGAAGACUUGCGAGGAUGUUUCCGGAACCGGUGAGGACCAACGACUGCCAUCAUCAUCAUCAUCAUCAUCAUCAUCACCCCGAAACUCCUGCUGCUCCUUCUCCUCCUCCUCCUCGUCAUCAUCUUCCUCCUCAUCUUCGUCGUCACCAUCCACACCGUCGCCUUCAUCCUCUCCCUCUGUGCCUGCCGUGAGUUCGGUCUUCAUUCCCACGCUGUCCAAAAUGGCCGCCGUCCCGUCGUGCCUGGACGAGAAGAUGGCGGCGCCCGGGAAGAAGAAGAUCCAGCGCAGGAGCUCCACGCUUGGCAUUGCGGGACUGGACGACUCGGCGUCCGGAGCCGCCGCCGCCGCCUCUGGUUCUUCGUCCUCCUCUGCGGGCGCAUACUGCACCAACACGUGGCCCCCGGGCCGUCGGCAGAGGCUGAGGCCGAGGCGUUCGCCCGCCAGCGCCGAGCUGCAGGUGUACGUGAGGCCGAGCCCUCUUCUCCUUCUCAACGCCGCCCAGACUGGCAGGCCCGAGGCAGAAGCCUUCUCGCCUCGUCUGCGUGACCGGGGACACUCGCGCCCAGCACAGCGGACGCCAGCAGAGACCGGCACCGCUAGCGGUCAGAUCAGGAGCCAGAGGUGCUACUUGUCCCUUGGCUCCACCCUCAGCUUCCACCUGCCCAAAGACCUGGGUCAGCUGCCGUCCGCGCCUGUUCUCAAUGUCCACCAUCCACUGCCCAAAGACCUGGGUCAGCUGCCGUCCGCGCCGGUUCUCAAUGUCCACCAUCCACCGACGAGAGCCGGUGAGGCGCAGGCAGAGAUCAGCACUGCUGCUGCCGUUGGCUUGGACUCCACUGAUGCCCAGGCCUCGUGCCAGCAGCCCCGGCCAACAUCCUUGCCCACCGCCCUGCCAACUGCCCUACCAACUGCCCCUCAGGAGCCGCAACAGAUUCCGUCCUUGUCCAAACAGAAGCAGUUCAUCCUUAGCCCAGUCGAGGAGGCAAAACACGAGACAACGUGGGACCAAGAACCCGAGGAGGAUCACCUGUCGGAUGUUAAGGUUCCUGAAUCCUCACCGUCAGCGACAAGUGAUACCGUUAGCACCAUUAAUAGUAGUGCCACUGUUAGCUCCCGCCCUAACCAUUCCCCAAGGAGCUCUGACUCAGCCAAAGUGCAGUCAAAUAUUGCUCCGAUCAUUAAUAGCCCCCCUAAUUGCCCCCCUAAGGGUGAGGAUAAGGCUGUUGUCCAGUUGAUGGGGAUGAAGGCUAACGAGGAAGACAGUGCGGGUAAAGCCAACGUUCAUCUACUGACGAAGUUACCUUGUUCUGCUGCUAUCACGCCAAACCACACUUCUGCUGUUCAAGCGACGGGCUGUCUUCACAAGUGCCUGAGUGUUCACACUAAAAUUAAGGACCUCAACGGACACAUUUAUCACAAGCCAAAAGACAUGAACUCUAUUAAGUCAAACUACAUAGCUAGCACAGUAGGAUACAGAACUAGUGUUGGUGGGGACUCGGUGAGUUCAAACGGAAAGCUGAGCGCUCAUAAGAUCAGUCGCAUCAUAGUCUGUGCCGACGUCAAUUGUUCAGUGUGUUCUGAUACUCCCGUAUCCAUGACAACAGCCAGUUCUAAAGCCUCAAACAACAUUGGGGCCCGUGGCAACCGCGUGGAUUCCAUUCAGCCCGGUCACUGGGAGUUCGAGGAGGAAGAGGAAGAGCUGAAGGGGAUUUGGUAUGGUAAAGGUAACCAUGGCGACAGACAGGAAGUUCAGGCUGCCGGACUCCCUGCUGCGGGUUCGAAGGGCAAAACCAGACGGACGAUUCCAUUGGAGAAGCUGGGGGAGCCUCUGAUCCAAUGUCCUCCCCUGCAGUCCGCUUUCCAGAGGCCCCACGAAGGGUGCGACGUGUUUGCCUGCAAGGAGGACGAGGUGGAGGAGAAGGUCACCCCUGGAAGUCCAUCGCGGCCUCAGGCUCAGUGGGGGGAGAGCAGUGGGCGGCAUCUGAGUGACCCCGAGACAGCGCUUCCUCUGGAGACGACAGAGGGGACCCUCUCUCUUAAGUCAGAGUCCUCCAGUCGCAGUGUCCAUGAAAUGUCUGUCAACACGAAGAAGGAGCCAGUGGCCUUCACCCUCACAUUGCAAGGGGGGCCCUCUGGUUACACCGCAGUGCACGCCAGCGACGGACCGCUCUGUCUGAACCGUCCCGGGAGAACGGAAGAGCACACGGACAUGAGGCUGCCACAAGUCGCACAGAGCGCAUUCAGCAUCACCAGUGCAAACUGACGAUAGUGUACAGUAGACACAGGGUGGAAGGGAUGUUCUGGACGAAAAACACUGUAAGAAUAAACUGAACAUGUUAAGACAGAGUGACUGAGGUUUUUUCCCCUACUGCAAUAGUUAUUAUAAGGCCUACAGGGUGUGAUGAAUGAGACCGUUCAUUAAAAUGUAAAUGUUUUCUUUUUCUGUCCAAUUCUGAGAUGCAUUACUUGCAGAGAGAUUGCUGAAUAUAGUGCCUAUUGCAUAUCGUUUACUUUUGACAGAGUGUGGAGACAGCAUGGUAUGGAAUCUUCUGUUGCUCUCCUUGAGUGCUAAUGAUCAAUGUUUCGUUUCCUCGCACUCUCUUUUUUUGUCUUUUCUUUCUUUCGGGGAAAAUAAAGGAAACUUGC